AUGUCGAAAGAAGAAGGGACGGAAUCAAACACAUCUUCUCGAGACUCAACACCGGGCUCUGACGCCCCGCCAAACACUUCCAAAUCCGGCUCCACCAAGAAAGCGAACAAGGUGUCGAAGCCGCGCUUGACAGCAUCUCAGAAGAAUUUCAACCACAAAGACGCCGAAAAUAAGCGACGCACAGCCAUCCGUGACCGCUUCACAGAACUCUCUCAUCUCGUCCCAGGAGCUUUAGGGCAUGAAAGAAGCGAGCAAGUCAUGUUGGGAAAAACCACCGAGUUUUUGAGGAACAUGCUCCUGGAACAGCGUAGGCUCGAAGAGAUGGCCAAGAAGCAAGGUCUCACUAUCGACGACGGCGAUCGGCUCAGGGAAGACGAUUUCGGUGGAUCAAAGUGGAGGGCAAGAAACAUGGAACAGUAUGAGGCUGAAAAGCGGAAGAAAGAAGGUGGUGAGUCCCAACAAGCAGCCAAUCAAGGGGACGAAGAGAAUGAUUAG